GUGCUCUACGCAGACGAAAGCAUGUCCAGAUUAAAUCCAAUAGCAGAGGAUGUCAUUUACUGUGGUGAUUCCCAGCUGUGAGGUCUCAUAAUGAACUCGGAUAUAUCUUAAAGAGCUCAUUCCACUUAUGAUGGAGCAAAAUAACAAUGUUUGCAAAAAGCAACAUGUUGCCAUCAGUGCAGAAGUUUACAAGUGCAAAAAUCGAUGGAUAAUCAUUGGAAGUUAUUUUAUUAUAACGUUUGUUGCGUUCGGGUGUUACUUCAACAGUUUGGAUGGAGAUUUCGUCCACGACGAUAUUUUUGCCAUCAAGAACAACCCAGAUGUUACCGGAAAAAAUUCCAUAUAUUCCAUUUUUGGUGAUGACUUUUGGGGAAAGUCCAUAACUGAUGAAACCAGCCAUAAAUCCUACAGACCGUUAACCAUUGUUGUAUUCAGAUUGAAUUAUUUCCUAAAUGGAGGAAAGCCCUUCUCGUUCCACGUCGUGAACGUCGUCCUGCACGCGCUGGUGAGCGUUCUGUUCACACACGUCAGUCACAACGUCUUCCUUGUCUCCAGGGAAACCUCGCUGAGUGCUGGCCUCUUGUUUGCUGUUCACCCCGUACACACAGAGGCUGUAUCAGGAAUCGUCGGCUCUGCUGAUCUUCUGGCUGGUGUAUUUUUCCUCUUGUCUAUUCUGCUUUAUUCAAAGAGUUUGUUAGUAAACUGGGAUCUGGGAUCAACGGAAUGUCCGCAGACACAGCGUCCACAGUUGCUGGUGGUCAGUUUAAUGUUGGCUGCAGUUUCCACACUGUGUAAGGAACAUGGUAUUACAGUAUUAGCCGUGUGUGCUGUUCUAGACGUGGCCAUAUUCUCCAGGAAGGGCAUUUUAAAAAUGUUUUCUGGAGGAAGCACAAGGCAUCUGAUGCCAUUAUUUCAUCGAUUGUUUUAUAUAUUUUUAACAUUUUCCAUAUUGCUUGGUAUUCGGUUGUGGAUUAUGAAUGGAACUCUCCCAGAAUUCCAAGAGCAAGACAAUCCUGCAUCUUUCUCACCAGUAUUACUUACAAGAAUCUUGACCUACAAUUACCUGUAUGUGUUCAACUCACUGUUACUAAUAUUUCCCAUGACCCUCUGUUAUGACUGGCAAGUCUCAAGCAUCCCAUUGGUGGAAAACAUCACUGAUCCACGUAACCUAGCGACAAUCAUAUUUUAUAUCAUCAUCAUGCUAAUUGUCUACAGGAGUUACAUCAAUUUCAUGUCACAGGAAGGUGAAAACUUCAACAUUCCGCUCAUUGCUCUCUCUCUGCUCAUUAUUCCUUUCCUUCCUGCGUCCAAUCUGUUUUUCCGUGUCGGAUUUGUGGUUGCUGAAAGAAUACUUUAUAUCUCAAGCAUGGGGUCUUGCCUGCUGGUUGGGUAUGGACUCAGUUUGAUACUACACAAGGCUAAAGACACGGAACCUGUUAUUAAGGCUAUUGUUGUGGCUUACCUUCUGGUCCUGGCAGCUAAAACCUGGUCACAGAACCAAGUGUGGCACUCACGAGAAUCUCUAUUCAGAUCAGGUGUCAGGGUGUUACCACACAACUCAAAGGUUCAUUACAACCUUGGGAAUUACCUCAAAGACACUGGACAAAAUACAGAAGCAAUCUGGCACUACCGAAAAUCUCUGGAGUUAUAUGCAAAGCAUGCCAGUGCUUUUAACAAUCUCGGAACAUUACUUGAAAACAAGACUGAAGCUGAAUCAUGCUUCAGGAAUGCCCUGAAAAUCUAUCCCAAACACAAGGGUGCAUUUGUAAAUCUAGGAAAUCUACUUAUUUCCAAUGGAGAGCACCAAAAGGGAGUUAACCUGUUGAAACAGGCUCUCGACCUUGACCCUCACUACUCAGAAGCUCUUCUGAGCCUUGGUAAAAUAAUGAUGGAUCUACACCGCUGGUCUGAAGCAGAACAGUAUUUCAAGGCGGCCAUAACAGAGAAACCAGAUUUUGCCAAAGCUUACAAUUUUUAUGGAGUGUAUCACUUUAAACAAGGUAAUUACCAGGAUGCAGUGACGUGUUAUCGGCAAGCCUACACCAUCGAUCAGUCCGAUAUACUCGCUAUGGCCAAUGCUGCUGACAGUCUAAAACAGCUGGGCAAAACAAGUGAAGCUGAAAAACUUCUUAGACAAGCACUUUCUAUCAGACCAGACCCUAAAGUGGUCGACCAGCUUGGAAUGAUGUACUUUCAUGCCGGCAAGAAGGCUGAGUCACUCGCAGUGUAUGAAGAAAUGAUUGACAGAUCAUCAAACAACACUGAUGCCCUUUUACAUUAUGCGAACGUGCUGAUCAGCAUGCAGGAGCUGGGGAAGGCGGAGAGUCUCGUUCACAGAAUCCUGGCCGACUCGCCCGGCAACGUGGAUGCACUCAGAGUGGCGGCCGUCAUAUAUGGAAUCAGAUCAAAACCAAAAGUGGCAAUUGCAUAUCUGGAAGAAGCAAUCCAACAAUGUAAACUCCUGCAGAGAGGAAAGAGUUUUCUGGCCGAUAUGAAGUAUGACCUUGCCAACCACUACAAGGACCUACAGCAGUAUGACCAGGCUCUGAUGCUGUACACUGAAGCUCUUCAACUAAAUCCAGCAAAAUCAAAAGCUCAUUUAAACCUUGGAGCAAUAUACCAUUUGAAGGGACAAUUUUCAAAGGCACGCAAACAUUACGAAAUAGUUCUGAAAGUGGAUCCUAAUGAUGACUUAGUCAGAGAUAAUCUAGUCAAACUGACAAGACUUGAGAAACAAAAAAAUGGCAAGAGAGGAUGAAAAAAAUAUAGAACAUGAUGGGUUUUUUUCACAUUGUGAAUAAGUCAUUAUCAUUGGCUGAUCUAGAGGUGCAUCACAGAUGCCUGAGCCUCACCUUUCAGUUUAAGAGUUUGAAAUGAAACAUGUCCAUUUUAUCUGGAUAUUUCCAGAGAGCAUACAUCCCUUGUGAGUUCUCUUUAAAAGAUACACUACAGAUAUACACUAAAGACAAUCAUUGGUGGAAUGGUCAAGAAUGAGUUUAUAAAAACUUGAUCAAAAAUGCUUGGAUCCUCCAUGCAGAAUGGAAUGAAUGAAUGAAUGAAUGUUUCACAAUACCCCAGUACGAAAAUACAUUGUCUAUUAAGUAUCUGUACAGAAUGGAUUCAGUGCAUUGUUAAAUCAUUGUUAAUAGUUGCAUGUUGAAUGUUUUAAGAAUUGUUUUCCCUAAAUAUUCUAAAAUGUAAAUUUCAUAACAACCACCUCAGAUGUUACAACAUAAUACAAAUAAUUAGUGGUUUGCAAUACAUUUUAUGAUUAAUGUCAAUAACACAAAACAAGCUUUUCAAGGUUAAUAGUAAUUUUGCUAAAUUCAAACAAUAUAUUUGAGCAAUUUAUCCUUAUUUGAGAACUGGUUUGUCUGUCAAUGCUGUUCAGUGUUUACUUUGACUGAAUGCUUUAUAAUGGCUGCCUGUUCCAUGUACAACAGUUCAACAGUAUUUAUCAGGCUGGUCCUGACUUGAGUUUAUAUAUAUUUUUUUAUGAUAAACAGUAAUAUGGAUUAUGGAUUAAUGAUGGAACAUGAUUUAUUAUGAUGGCAGUAGUUAUUGUCGUUCACUUGUAUUAUUUUGUUCACUAAUUGUUAACCUACACCUGACAUUAAGAAUGUCAUGUGAUGUUUUAUCACACUGGAAUGUGCAAGAAUUUACUCUUUGGUGAAUUUUUCAUUCAUCACAGAACAUCCAUAAAAGAACUUCAUCUGUGACAAUUGAUCAGCCGAAGAUAUAAAUGUAUAGUAUUUGUCUUUAAUAUUGAUAUUGUUCAGAAUAAGAUGCAGAGCCGGUUUAUCCUAGUAGCACAUGUAGCACGUGCUACAGGCCCCGCGCUUCAGGUGACCCUGCAGUGAUGUGUACAUUUAUUUUCCCAGGUAAAUUUUGCCCUCUCCCCUGAGGGGGUUGCAAAGUAUAUAUCCUGGGAAGGUAGCCCCACUGUUAUUUGUGCUACAGGCCACACAGAUCCUUAAACUGGCUCCGAGUAUCAGUGGCAGACACAAUUCUUAAGGCUUAGGCUAUGUUGAGCCUAGUUUGAGUACUAGCCACACCCAGCCACUCUAAAAAAGGUUACUCUUAAUAAUAAAUAGUUUUUACUACCCAGUAAUAAAUAUUAACUGUUACUGGUACUUACAUGUGGUGUUAUACCACACAAAAAUAUAGACACAAAACAAAAUCAGUAAUUAUGUGUGACGGGUGCCACCGGUGGGGCAAGAUGUGCUCAUCUUGUGAACAUCUGAAAUCAUCACUGUUAUGACAGUGAUUCAUGAGUGCAUGUCAUCACAACUCUACUUAUUCUAAUGAAUAUUCUGUCCGGUGCUAGUUUUCAUUUAGUAAACUUGUUUGGGAAUGGCAGUUCUCUUUGUGACUGUGCUGGAGGGGUGAAAUCUCCAGUAAAGGAUUUCCUCAGGAGUGGCUGUCAUCCACUAUUUUGCCAAAUGCCUAUUCGACCCUACAUUGUGUCGAGAUUUGGCCCUAAUCGUGUAUUAUGGUUCUGUCAUUCAGAUGUAGUGCCCUCAACUCUUUCCAGGUAGAGAUGUGAAAGUAUUGGUACCUUUACUUUGGAGUGGUUCAGCCUGAAGGAUAUAGUCGAGCUGAUGAGUUUGUUUGUUUUCUUUAAUGAUACCACCGGAGCACAUCAAUUAAUUAAUUAAUCAUUGGCUUUUGGAUGUCAAACAUUUGGUAAUUCUGACUUGUAGUCAUCAGAGGAAACCUGCUAAAUUUUUUCUAAUGCAGCAAGGGAUCUUUUAUAUGCACUUUCCCACAGUCGAGCUGAUGAAUGAUAGGGCUUAUGUCCAAGGUAGGUGGAGCCGGAUGGCUAGAACCUUCUUGUUCUUGGGUUAGCCCUUAAAAGGACUUUCUUAUGUUUAAGUGCCAUUUUCUGUGGAGCCCUUAUAAGGGCUUUUUAUGUUUGGCACCCAGUGGAUCAAUAUAAUGUGUUUUUAUAAUACAAGUAGGAAGAAUGUGUCAGCAGUGUCCUUUAUAGAACGAUGGUUGUUUUACAGGUUAACUAUAUACAGGAUGCAGUCAGUUCACAAUGUUUUCUUGGUAGAGAAGAAAACUAACAAUGUAAAAAAUUUCAAUGAUAAGUAUAAUAGACUAAAUGAUAAUGACAGUCACUGUGGAAUAUAUUAUUAUAUAUUAUUUAUAAACAUUAAGUAUUAUUGUUAGUAUUUUGCACAAUGUUUUUAUGUUUAUUAUAUUGUAUUUUUCAUAUACUCAAAAGUAAUGUAUGUGUUUGUAUAUAUAAAUGUAUUGUUAUGUUACAAGUAAAGUCGUGUUCUCAAAAUAUGCGUGUGAUAUCAUAAAUAAUACUUUAAAUAAAGAAUGCUAUUUUUAUAAAAA